AUGUCUGCUGGAGGGCCGUGGCCUCCGGUCUCACCUCAAGCUGCGCUGUUGAGUUCCCCAAGUGGUCGCAGGAAGUACGAAGCCUAUAAGAAUGGUAUGUCGCCAAUGCAGCGAUCAGCAACCACACCGAGCCUGGUGGACAGACUGCGAGCGGCACGGUCGAACAAUGAUUUCCCCCCACAACACGAUAGUCCUGAGGAUGAGGAAGAUGAGGAGACGCUACAACUGAAGCUAGCGGCGAUUGAGGCGAAGUUGAAGUUGAAAAAACUGCAAAAAGACAAAGCUCGCACUGCCACACCAGGGAGGGACUCCUCCAGGCCCAGUUCAGCCCAUCGACCGCCUGCUCCUCCUCAAGUUGAGGUCAGAGCCUCACCCAACAAACGAAUACAGGCCACACUUCCAAAGUCGCCAUCCCGUGUCUUGCUGGGUAUUGAUAAGGGGAUACGUGGCGCCGACAUUUCGCUCAAAAGAGCCAGUACCGUUGCAGGAAGCCGUUCCAGGAUCAACUCAUCGGAUCCCCACGCCGAUCGACCUACCUCCCGGUCGUCAGCAUUUGACUCGGCUCGCUCCGCGACUUCCUCCAGGACAGCUACCAGCACCGCAAGCAGAAAGACAUUCAGUGAACGUAUGACCGAAGCUCGAGAACGGGAAACCACCAUCGAACAACGCCGUGCGACAACAAUCCAAAACCGCCGUAGAGGUUUCGUUUUGGAUCAGGAUGAGCUCGACAGCUAUCGGACAGCAGCAGCAGAAACCCGUGGGCAGGGAGCCUCCAAAUCACCCACGCGACAAUACUUCGAGUACAGCCGCGAUCAAGUUCUCACCGCUGCAGCAGAAGCCCACAUUGGCACGCGACAUCUUAAAAAGAGUCGGACCAUGCCUGACCUUCGAGCUUCUCCUACAAAGGACACGGGGCAGCCCCCAAGAUACGGAGGAGACCCCAACCUGUACGAAGACUUCUCCGGCUUUCACCUGACCUCACGAGUCCUUCCGCAUUCUUUCCUCAAACGUACCCUUCCCACCGAGACAUUCACUAUCUACCGUAUCCCCGACCUCCUGAAGAACGUGAAAUCUCCCGACUACGAACUUCCCGAAACGGUAUGCGACUACGUGGUUUUCGCCGUCAUUGCCUCCAAGUCCUCCCCGAUGGACCACAAGAAGAUGCCCAACCAACGAGAUCCCGACAAAUCCACCGUAGGCACAAAGGACUGGGAGAAACAAUGGGAUGACGGCUCGCACAACAGCCGUCGCUUCAUGGCCAUCACCCUCACAGAUUUGAUCUGGACAAUUGACCUGUACUUGUUCGGCACGGCGCUACCCCGGUACCACCGCCUCAAUCCUGGGACGGUUGUGGCGAUCCUCAACCCGGGCAUAAUGCCUCCUAAGCCGGGCAAAUCCGACAGUGGGGCAUUCUCCCUGACUCUGUCCGACGACAGCGACACGGUUCUCGAGAUCGGACACGCGCGAGACCUAGGCUACUGCAAAACGCUGAAGAAGGACGGCAAAGAAUGCGGCAGCUGGGUCAAUGCCGCCAAGACGGACAUCUGUGAGUGGCACCUGAAUGCCGAGAUCCAGCGAACCAAGGCCGCGAGGAUGGGCGUCAACACGGGGUCCAACGGGUUCGAAAGGCGGGAGCAUCAGCCCAUGACAAGAAAUGAGGACCGUGCCCACAGGGGCUUGCUGAAUAGGGAUGGGAGAAAGUACGACCGCGAAUCAGGCGCGCAUUACUAUAUCGCCAGUACAGGGCCGAAGGGUGGCGGCGGUGCGACACGUGGAACUGGUGGUGCCGCUGGUCCAGACGACCCGUUUAUUCAGGCUGUCGAGGGAGACUUAUCCCGGCCGAGCGAACGAGAUGCACGACUGCGCAAACACCUGGCCGCGCAGGCCAAAGAGAGGGAGAUUGCCGAGAAGCUAGGCUCGAGAGAACAUGGUGGCUUCGGAUUCGACAGUGCUGGCGCCGAGUAUUUGCGUCGCAAGGCAAAAGCCAGGGAAGACAAAACCAAAGGGGUCGGCGGCAGUCUGGACGAUGCCUCAAGCAAAGGCUCUGCUGCGAUCUCAAAGGCCAUUCUCUCCAGUGGGAGUACUACGAAUGAGAAUCGCAAGCGCACGGCAGCAGAUGUCCGUCUGUCACCAGUCAAGAAAACACGUUUCGUCACGGCCAAGGGCAUCAGGGAGGCUGGGAGGGAAAGUCUGGGCGCACCCGGCCACCCAAUGGCUCACGGUAGUGACAGUGAGGACGAGUUGGAGAUUGUUUGA